AUGUCGAGGCCUCUCCACAUCCAACCAUGCCGGAAUCGACAUAACUUUGCUAUUUCGUUCAGCAACUUGAUUGUUCCUCAUUCGCAAGCUGCGUCCUACUCUCCCAACCCCGUUCUGUGCAUAUCGUCAAGGCAGUCUGUACUCGCCAAACGAAGUCAAGUAUCUCCGCCACAUCGAUCGUCGUUUAAUAAACAGCUCUUGUCGUUUACAACAACUGCGCAAAGGAGGGCGACGAGUGUGGUGUUGAAUCCCAAGGAGGAUGAUGAUGGGAAUCCCCUCCUUAUAGAAAUAUCACCACGGGCUGCGAAGCGGCUACGAGAUAUCACAGACCCAGCAUCAACCUCGGUAGCAACGACAUUGAAAGGAAACCCAUACAAUCAUCUGCGCAUCACUGUAACAAGUGGUGGCUGUCAUGGCUUUCAAUAUCUAAUGUCCUUGGAAUCAUCAUCCAAGAUCGACGCUGAAGAAGACACCAUAUUUGAAGCUGAAGCAGAACCAGCCGACUCAUCCGAGACGAAGGGAGAAGCGAAAGUCGUCAUGGAUGGCCCUUCACUUGAGCUCUUGUCCGGCAGUACCGUGGACUUUACUACCGAGCUGAUUGGGAGUCAAUUUAAAAUCGUAGACAAUCCUCGGGCCACUAGCAAUUGUGGCUGUGGGACGAGCUUUGAUGUGAAGGAUUGA